ACAACAGUUUGGGAUGAAUAGCAUCUCCACCGGCAGCUUUAUUGGGAUUUAACUGCCUCAAAAGCCGGAGCACUUGAGCCUCGGUUAUAGAAACCUCCUCCAAGUGGGAGCCCUCAGGAACUUUUGCCUGGAGACUGAUAUGCGGCGGCUGUGACUCUCUAACAUAAACCCCAGCAUACUGUUCUCCAAGCAAACAAGCUUUUUCGUGAUCCGUGACAACAGCAGUGCCGUCCGGGCCAAACAACACUGGGAUGCACGAAUUCAUGUUGCUUCGCCUUUUGACAUAAGCGAAGAAGCGUUUCGGGUUUGAUGAGGCUAUACGAGCAAGCUCUACUUCAUGCUGUAGACGAGCACCACGUAGAUACUGCCUGCAGGCAUUUCGAACCUCACGAUAUCGCUUGAAAGUGCAUAAUGAAGGAGCAGAUAACUUUGCAACCAACUGACUCCAACGGCCGUGUACUUUUAUAUUUCCGAUGUUGGCCUUCAUCCUACUGAAUGUCGUUCUAUUUUUUGGAGCGUACUUAGCAGGAUGUAUUCCAAUGUCCUUUAAUUUUCCCACAUCACGUUUGCGGAUCAUGACUGUUUUUGGAACUGGCCUACUUCUGGGCGCCGUGCUGGCCAUCAUCAUUCCUGAGGGCAUCGAAGCACUGUACUCCGGCCAAUGCCCCUUGCAGUUGGAUGCAAAUCACGCGCACUCCUCGUCAGAUAUACUCGAACAGGCUAAACAGUAUGUUGAAUCAAAAGCAACAGUGCCUGGAGCGGAACGACCGUCGCUAAACUUGGCUCCUGAUGGAGAUAAAUCGGGUUACUUUCCGAAGUUGCCAUCGGUACUCGGCGAUUCGGAGCAAGCGUUGCAUUCACCACUUGGCUUCUUCACAAGACACCAGUUGGUGGGAUUAUCUCUGCUCAUUGGUUAUCUCUUCAUGCUUUUGGUGGAUCAGUUGGGUGGCGCUUUGGAAGGGUGUUUCCCCUCACGGACCACGAAGUGUUGCCCUGUUCCCGGUCUUUUGUGCUGCAAACAAUCCAACCGAUCUUCCCCUGUUAAAACCGGAUCUGGAGUUGGGCUUACAGUUGACAAACAAAUGGUCACUGCAACUUUGGGCCUUGUGUUCCACUCCUUCGCUGACGGAUUAGCUCUGGGUGCUGCGUUCGCUGCCGACCAUAUACGACUAAAGUUGGUGCUCUUCUUAGCUAUCAUCAUACAUAAGCUUCCUGCUGCAUUUGGACUCUCCUGUUACCUAGUUCAUUCCGGUCUACCGCGUGGCAAAAUUCGGGUCCACUUGCUGGUCUUCGCAGCAGCAUCGCCGUUGGCUUCAAUUAUCACAUACUUCUACCUGACCUGGCCUUUUCCGAAUUCGAUAAAAUCCCAUUCAAUGGAUAAGACAGGACUUGCGCUUUUGGUUUCCGGUGGAACAUUUCUUUACGUUGCGGCAUCGCACAUUCUACCGGAUAUUGUCCACACUGCGUCGGGUCCUACUGAAUCAUCGUCUACUCAGCGCGCAUCUGAUGAAUACACCGUGUAUGCAGUAGGAUCUCAAGACCCGUUACUCGCGUCCACCGAUUCUGCCACCCCUGCUUUUGACAAAACUCGCCGCAUGAGUUUUCUGGAUCUCUUCACUUUGAUUGUUGGAUCACUGGUUCCAUUAACUCUCUCUAUGGGACAUGUACAUUGAGUUCCGUUUACGAAUCAUCCUCCUUAUUAACUCUGACAGCUCCCCCUUACUGCGCAUCCGGUUUCUAAGCAUUGGUUUGUUUUAUAUCUGUGAUACCUCGGUGUAUGUAGUCUUGCAAUUUCCUGAGUCCAGCUCCGUCUCUACCUUCUGAAUUUGUAUUUCUGUCUGCGUCAUUGUAUCCAUACAGCCUAACUGCAGUCCCUUUCCCUGUUUCUUUCGGAAUGGCUUUCAGCGACGCUCGUGACCAGCGUCUAAUUACAAAAUGUGAAAACAAC